AGCAGAGCGAGGCUCCGAGUGGUUAAGGGACCUGCCCAGGAAGGGGUCUGCCCCCGAGGGGGCGGAGUGGAGCGGCAGGAGGGCUCACGUGGGCGCCGAGGCCGCAGCCCGGCACUUCCUCGGGCACCUCCUCGCGGCCCCGCCUUGCCGCCCGGCUCCCACCUUUCUAGGUCCCGGCCCCGCGCGCCCCGACUGCGAACUACGCUACCCGGCAGGACGCGAGCGCGCGCACGCGCACCCGGGCGUCCGCCAUGGCGACCGUGCUGUCCAGGGCGCUCAAGCUCCCGGGGAAGAAGAGCCCGGACCUAGGGGAAUAUGACCCCCUCACACAGGCCGACAGCGACGAGAGUGAAGAUGAUCUGGUGCUUAACCUGCAGCAGAAGAACGGAGGGGUCAAGAAUGGGAAGAGUCCGCUGGGAGAAGCACCGGAGCCCGACUCAGAUGCCGAGGUCUCAGGGGCUGGGAAGCCGCAUCUCUCAGAUGUCACCACGGAGGGGUACCCCUUGGAGCCCCUGGGGGCCCUGGAGCAGAAGGCAUCCUCCUCCAUUGCAUCUUACGUGCGCACGUCUGUCUUUCUGCUGAUGCUGGUGAUCUCCAUGGUCCUGGUGCUCGUGUGUGCCUUCCUGAUCCCCUGUCCCCCCCGAGACCUGCACAGCAUGUGGAGCCGUCACUUGGGCCCCCAAGGAGGCGGGGACCUGUCUCCACUGGACCUGGCGGAUGUGAAUGGAGACGGCCUGCGUGACGUACUCCUCUCCUUCGUGACAUCAGGGAACGGGAGUGCAGCUGGUGUAUUGAGGCCACCUGCUGUCCUUGUGUGUCUUUCGGGGAUGAACGGCAGCACCCUCUGGUCCAGUCCCCUCCCUGAGGAGGCCCGAGAUAUUACCUGUCUGGAUCUGAUGCCAGGGAGCAUGGCCGGAACUGUCUGCCUUGUGACGGGGACACGCAAGAUGCUCAGCGCAUUCAACGCGACUUCAGGGAAGGCCAUUUGGACUUUAGACCCAAACUACUUAUCCAAUGGGACCCUGGCUGCCCCAGGCGUGGUGCUGCCGGACCUGGAUGAAGAUGGCGUUAGAGAUCUCGCGGUUCUGGCCAUUGGGGAAUUGCAGCCAGAUCUGUGCUUUCUGCUGGUGUCUGGCCGGACAGGGAGUCCCGUGGGCCGACCCGUGAAGUACACCAUCGUGGGCGUGGGGAACCUGAUCGGCCCUCAGGUUUACGUCACCACCAGCGGGGCUGCCUACAUCCUGUUUGGCUUUGGAAAUAUCCAGGCUGUCGCCCUGCGGGACAUUUUCGUUCAGGCCCAAAAUCGAGACAGCUUACCACCUUCCCUGCAGAUAGAGGAGCCCGAGUGGGAGAAGCGAAGACCCAUCAACCUGUCUGAGCUCAUUGACAUUUACAGCGAUGGGGUGGAGCUCCUGCAGAUGGUGAAGGCGCCGGACUCCAACAGCACGAACCUCCUGAUCACAACCAGACAAGGCCUCGUGCUGCUUCGGGGGCAGAAUCUCACACCGUCCUGGACCCUGAGCCUCCAGGGCCUGCGCAGCCAGCCUACUCCUGGGUAUUUCACGGAUGAUGAGACGUUAGACUUCCUUCUGCAGAUACCAAAUGGAGUUGGGAUGAAAAAGAUCAUGGUGGUGGAUGGGGACUCUGGCCUGGUCACUUGGAGUUACAGCGUUCCAUGUCACAUGGAAGACACCCCAGCCACCUCAGCAGCCACUGUGGACCAGAAGUCUGUCUUCCUCUUCUGGGCUGAAGGGCUGUCAGCUGCACCUCCCAAUCCCGAUGUGGUCCUAGGAACCGAGCCAUCCAGCCUUCACCACCUGUACCUCCUGCAUCCAGCCUUCCCCUCCAUCCUUCUGGACCUGGCCAACGCCACGGGCACCGUGACGGCUUCAGAGGUUGGGAUCAACGACCUCUGGAAAGAUGCCUUUUAUGUUACCAGGACAACAGGGCCAAGCUCCGAAGGGCAUCCGGCACCCCUGGUGGUCAGCAAGCUUAGUCUGCGGUGGGCACUGAUGGAGAGCCAAGUGGUCCAGCUAAACGAGGCCACCCCCAAAAUUGGGCGUGGGGAGCUGCGAAGAUUCCUCUCUAGGAUGAAGUUCAUUGACUCUCCCUACCAGUUCUAGGCUGCUGAACUCUUCAGUUUCAGAAGAAGUGAAUGGAAUGGUACUGUCUCUCUCCAGCUGGUGUAAACUCAGUUCUUCUGAGAGGACUUCUGUCACCCAACUCCACCACCUCUGCGUGACUGUCACCAAGCACUUUGGAAGGCACUUGGAGGUCUUGGACAACAGCACGAUCCGUUUGGCUGGGGUAUCUUACUGCCCUUCUAACCCCCCGAAUUAAUCCCCUCUAGGCGUUCUGUGUGCACAGUUUGGAAAUGUGAAUCUUAUGAAGUGUGUGAUUUCUUGUGUGUCUAAUUUAUGAAGCCUUGCUGGGACAUUCCAGUGACGUUCUUCCCUGGAACAUUUUGUUGUACGUCAGGCCCUGAGUGUGUAUCUGUUGGUGUGGUGAAGAAAUCUUCUCUAGAUGAGUAUGUCCUAAGCCCCAGGGGCCCAGCUUCUCAUCCGUCUGAAACACAUCUGGUUAGUUUGGGCCUCUUGAGACUCCCAGAUAGCCUACCUCUGACUUGGAGGGCCCCCCACUAUUUCUCCCCUGUUCUCCCCACACCUGUACCUCAGCUGCCUCCCGACCUUGGCGGCAGCUAGAAAGACUGACAGCGGGGAUGGCGCAAGCCACCCAGCACCCACAUCUCUUCCUUGUCUUGCGGCUCCUGUCUCCUCUCUCCUCACAUGUUCCUUUGCUGUAUCUUCAGUGACCAUAAGAAUAGCCCUGUUCCUAUGAGAAGGGGAGCAGGAGAAGUUUAAACGCCCCACCUCUGACAAGGCCCAUAGGUUAUGAUGUGGUUCGGAUCAUCCUGCCAGUCAUGACCCUUUUUCCUGUGGUCAUUUCAGAUGUGCUUAGGUGUGCGCCGUCCUCAGCUUAGAGGAAAACUCAAGUCAGAACAGCCGAGGCGGGCAGCCUCAUCCGCCUGCAUCUCCACUCUGCUCUCUAGCAUCUUCUCCUAGUGGGUGUCCUCCUUUCUGCCUCUCACUUUGCUCUCUUUUAUUCAGGGAUGUUUUGCUUUGCUUGCAUGAGAGCAAAGCUGUUUCUGAACUUUGACUCUGGCUCCUUGAGUCCAGCAUGCAACUGUUCGGCCCCGUAACCUUCUUCCUUGCUGAGCCUUUGAAGCAGAGUAUUUUGAGACAAUGUCUAUAGCUUUUAUAAGUGGUGAAGUUAUUUAGAAUUAUCUCUAAUUAGAGCUUACUUCUUCCUUCUUCCGUAUGAAUAUGUUACUUUAUCAGGUUCUCUCCUAAAUGUCUAGGUGUUGUUUAUAUAGCAGAGAAACCCACGUUAGCCGGGGGAGAACCGCUUUUGUUCUUGAAUAAUUUUCAUAGGUCAUCCCUGCGUUCACUCAGGUUCUGUCUUCACUUGAGCCUGUGUCUUUAUAGCUUGUGUUAAUAAAGAGAUUCCAGAAAAUGUAGAGAUUCCAGAAAGUUGGGAUGCCAUGUUUAAAGGGAUGUGUCUGAAUUCCCCACUGGUAGGCAUUGUGACAUAGCAGAAGCUUCAUGGCCAGAGCUCUAAGCAGGAUGUUGCCUGGCCUGUAGACUGGCCUUGCCAGGUUUCUGCCCCCUCCCCCGCCCUUAAGCCCCUGAAAGCAAAUCUGGUUUUAACACUUGAAGGCAUGUGUGGUCCUGCUUAUUGUGGACUUGGGGGAACAAUUAGGAGACACCCAAGAGUAUGGGACUGAUUCCAGACUUACUUCCUAGGGUUUGAAUCUACCUGGUAGAAGGGUGUGAGGUCUAGUUUGCUCUAACAGAGAAGUCUAAGGACUAAUUCACAGUCGACUGAAUACCUACAACUUGAGUGGUGACCUGGUGGCCUGGGCUGAACCCCUUUAGGCAGGAGUCAAAUGCAAAGUUGUUUACUGAGGAUCUGGUUUGGGGUUACUGUUUGGGGCAAGAGACUAUUUAUGCUUGGUGAGUCCCAGAAAUACCUCAGGAGCAGCUAGGAAAACCCACAUCCCUAAAUUCCUGUGGUGUGUUUGCAGACUGACUUUACAUAGUUUUGACUCUGAUCAGUUUGAAUUUCUCUUGCUAAACACAGGACACAAGCUCUAGGUUUCCUCUUCCUCUUGCAACCAGUACGGGGGCAUAAGUGGUGGCUGGAGAUCUAGGAAGCGUCACCUGAUCGGUGUGGGUGCUGGUCUCUUGUGAAAUGUGUCCCUAAGCUUCCUUCUCUUCGCAGGCAACCCCUCACCCAGAUGGCUUAGAUAGGAAGUGAUCCUCUCUUCCCCGUGCCCCACACGGGGUUGCCCGCAGAGCCAGCCCAGAACUACUUAGAAAGAGGAUUGACUUCUGCGAAUGCCAGAGUGUUCCUUCUCCAAAUCCCUCCCCUUUCCUUCCCUUACAAACCCUCCACAUUGGACAACAUCCUCCCUACCCCUAGAGGGUCUCUGCUCCCCUUUCUUGUGUGGUCUGGUGGUCCCCCCAUGCCCUGAAUGUGAAUGGCCGUCCUUAUUGCCCGUGUUAAAGAAGAGUCAGCUGGUACGUUGUCAGGAAGCACUGUUUAAAAUGUGAAUCGUUGCAGAACAAAUAAACACUGUGUACAGGAGCACACGUGUGUGCCGUGCGCAU